AUGUCUGCCUUCAGCCCAAUCCCCGCGUACACCCUCGGCGUUCUUUCCAUCGGCCUUGGAGCAAACAGUUUCCUGCGUCCGUCGGAAGAAUACGAGCGGUUCGGUCUCCCGCGUGACUCCCCUGCGUCGCCGUUGAUGUACAUCAAGGCGAUCCGGGAAUCGACGUACGGGGUCGCUCUCAUCGCGUUGCAGUACCAGGGGCACGAGGACGCGCUGACCACUGUUGCAGCGGUUGUCUCGCUGGCGGCUCUCGCAGAUGGAUUCUUGGUGAGAGCGCAUGGUGGGACGUUGAGGGGGAUGGGAAGGCUUGGGGGCACUGGACGUUUUUCGCAGUUGCGGCGGGGUGGGCGUGGUGGAGGAGUUGGUUUGUCUGACGGGAUCAGGGAGAGGAAUCGGGGGACGUUUUCCUUGCAGUUGGUGCCGCUGCUGGGAAUCAUGCCAAAUGGUGAAAAGACAAACUGCAAGUGA